CAGCCGGUCGCAAUAUUCAUCGGGGAAUGAGGGUGCUCCCAUCCGGGCUGAUCCUCCGCUGAAGAAUCAAUCGGUUAGCCGGGCGGCCGAUGGGUCUUUAAUCCCGCCGGCGACGACAUCAUGGGAUCCACAUCAGAAUCAUUCCGACAAGAUCACCAUCAUACACGCCGGCAAUGAAUACAUCCCCGCCGCCCAUUGGUCCACCUGAUCAAUGUGGCAACAAACGCCCCGCCAAUGGCAGGGAGCUGGAGGCGGGCCGAGGCGGGCCAUUGGCCAGGGCGGAGCGGGAGGCGUGGCCAGCAAUGAUGGGAACGCUCAUACAAUAGAGUCUAACGAGGAUUACACGAAACAUAUCACAUGUAGGGUUUAUUUGCCUCAUCUGGAAGUGAGGAGAUGAGUGGAGGGUGAGCUCUCGCGGUGAGCAGAGUGCGCGGCGCCGGCAUGGCCCCGCCCGCCCCCUAGACCCUCUCGCCGCGUCCAGCUGACUCUUGUGCCUCUUGUGGAAACCUAAUUGUUGUUGAGAUAACGUGUGGCAGAUGCUGCCCAGCGUGGGCCCCGCGGGGGUGUUGGGCGGGGGCCUGCGCCCCCUGGGGCAUUCAGGCUUGCCCGCACACAACCUACUUGGGUCACUGGCGCCCUUUCCGCUGCCCUUUUCUUCGGCGUCCUCGGUAGUGGGCGGCGUGGCGGCGCCCUUCGUGAUGGAGUCAGUCAUGCGGGACAGAACGUUGGCACGACCCGUGGCCACCAAGCCGCCGCCCCUGCUGCUGCCCGACGACCCGCGCCACGACCAGUACUACCACAAGGAUGACGCCGCCGCUCACUACCUGGGCCUGCUAGCUAGACCCGCGGGGCCGGACCGACUCACGCCGCCCGCCCCGCUGCCCUCGCCGCCCCGCUCCAGGGAGGAUGAUGGCGGGGCGGGCCUCGGAGGAUGCGGCUGUGAGGGCGAGGGCGGCCACAGCCCAGGACCAGACACCCCGACCAGUAAACCACACCUCAAGUUCUCCGUCACGGCAAUCCUCGGCCACGACACCCACAGCCCCUCGCGGCCAGACCCGCUGCACAAUGACCACCUCGACUCAGAGAGCGUAAGCAGCAUAGGAGAGCGAGCUGCUGCGGUUCUGCCUCAGCUGGCCCGGCCCCGACCCAUCCUGCAUUCACCACUCCAGCCUCUUAUGUCCUGCCGGCCUCCCUACCUGAGCGUGUAUGGUAACGUGGGUGCCAUGGCUGGGGUGCCCCUGCCAAGCACCUUCCCGUGGGCGGCGAUGGGAGUGGGCGUACGAGGCAAGCCGCGGCGGGGGAUGCUGCGGCGGGCGGUGUUCAGUGACUUUCAGCGCAAGGGGUUGGAGGAUCGCUUCCAGAUGCAGAAGUACAUCAGCAAGCCAGACCGCAAAAAGCUGGCUGAGAAACUGGGCCUCAAGGAUUCACAGGUAAAGAUUUGGUUCCAGAAUCGCCGGAUGAAGUGGAGGAACUCCAAGGAGCGGGAGCUGCUGGCGGCGGGCGGCACACGCGAGCAGACGCUGCCCACCAAGAACAACCCCAACCCAGACCUGUCUGACGUGGGCGAGGAGCAGCGACCCCCGACCUCCGUGGGACCCUCGCCCUCCGCCAAGGACGAUCUCGCCCUGCAGAGCGGGGACGGGCCCCAGGACUACCAGGGGCGGAGCGAGGACGAGUCUGGCUAUCUUGGCCAGCAGGGCCGCCCCGACAACUUUGGUCCCCCGCUGGGGGCGUCGCUCCCGGCUAAGAUCCAAAUCAAGGACCUCACGGCACUCUCUAGCUUCGGGAAGUCGGCGGCCGCGAGCUUCCCCUUCCCUUACCAGGACGCCGACGCCGACUACUCUGACGAGGAUAUCAACGUGACCGACGAGAUGGGCGCCUCCAACAACGAGGACAGCGAAAACGACUAGUGGCGCGCCCUCCUCCAGCAGAAGGUUCCUCGCAGCUCCUGGGGUCUCGAGGAGGCCUGAAGUGGCUUCCGAGGUCAUGUCACUGUUUUCCCCCAGUAGGGUCACCAUGACCCAUAAAACUUUACCAGUGUCAAACCCGUGGUGGUCGUUGCCUUGACGCAGCGGGUCAGGUCCUUCCGAAGCUGCGGCGUCGGGGGUCACGCGGGCUUGUCUCCCCUUGGUGUCGCCGACUGGCAGUCUGGGCGGCGGCACUGCAGGCACGACCAACGCAGCAGCCCGCCACCGCCGCCCUCCACGCCCGUCGCCUCGCGCUCCUCGCCUCGCGGCACGAGCCACGCGUCCAUCGGCCCUCAACAAAUCCUUCGCGGCCUGGCGGGGUUCAGGGGGACGACAAAAUAAUGAAGGUGUAAAUUUCCUACCCUGCUCCUCCGCCCCCUCCCACCCCUCCACGCGAGGCGCCCCGGCACACUGGGAAGGAGCGUAUGUGUACCUGUACUUCUGACCUGACCAGCUGCUCGGCCUCGACCGCCACCACCUGCGUGUGUAUUAUUCUACUGAUAAUAUUGUGAUAUACGAUCAUAUGUUAUCUUUCUACGCUUACUGUCUCCUACUUCUCCGUAAUAGCAAUCCUGAUUUUGUAAAUAUAAGUUUAUGCCUUGGUGCGCUGGGUCGCUGGCGAGAGAGAGAGAGAGAGAGAGAGAGAGAGAGAGAGAGAGAGAGAGAGAGAGAGAGAGAGAGAGAGAGAGAGAGAGAGAGAGAGAGAGAGAGAGAGAGAGA